UGCGCGUGCGUGUGCGUGUGCGCGUGUGCGUGCGCGGAGGAGACGUUACGAGAAAGAGAGGGCCACUCUGUUGUGGAGGAGGACUAGGCGAUCGAAAACACAACAGAGAGGAUCUUUUUUUUUUUGCAGAGAUUUGGAGAGCUUUUUGCAGAGGGGGGGGCUCUGGAUCGCGUGUGGUUCCGGACCCGGGGUGCUCCUCUUGUCUCUAUGGGCUCGGCAGGCGCAUCCAUCGCCUCCCGAUAGGACAUAACGGGCAGGGCUGCCUCUAAUCAUUAUUUAUUUCACUCUCUCUCUGCGCCGCAACGUCGGGAGAACCGCGAUCGAGAGGAGGCGAGAACGGCGCUGAUCAUGGAUUAAUACUCGAGUGAAUUUCAUCUGAGAGGUUCCCAAUGUUGAACAUGUCCACCCCCAGCGAGCUGAAGUCCUCCUGCGUGACUCGCAACGGCAUGGUGAAGUUGCCCCCCAGCCAGGCCAACGGUCUAGGCAGUGCGAGUAUCACCAAGGGGACCCCUGCUGCCAAGAACCGCCUGUGCCAGUCCUCCUCGGUACCCUCCAUUCUGCCUCCUCCGCCAUCCUCCCUUCCCUACCACCUCCACCACCACCUGGAUGGCCCCGGUAUGCCCAACUCAGCCGCCUCUCUCUUGGGCUCCGACAUGGAGCCCGGAAAGCCUCUGGUGGCCUUGAAGUCGUCCCUUCGUCAACUUCCCCCUCUCACUCUACCCAAACCCAUGCUGCUGGAGCGCCAGCAAGUCCUGGAUGAGAAGCUGCUCAACCGGUUGCUCUGGUACUUCACCACAGCUGAAAAAUGUGUACUGGCGCAGGUGUGCAAGACAUGGCGCAAGGUGCUGUACCAGCCCAAGUUCUGGGAGGCUGUGACGCCCAUCUUGCACGCCAAGGAGCUAUAUACCCUGCUCCCCAAUGGGGAGAAGGAGUUUGUCAGUCUGCAGGCCUUCGCCCUGCGGGGCUUCCAGUGUUUUUGCUUAGUGGGCGUCUCAGACCUGGACAUUUGUGAGUUCAUCGACAACUACCCGCUGUCCAAGAAAGGGGUCCGCUCGGUCAGUCUCAAGAGGUCCACCAUCACAGAUGCCGGUUUGGAGGUCAUGUUGGAGCAAAUGCAAGGCCUGAUGCACCUCGAGCUGUCGGGUUGCAACGACUUCACCGAGGCCGGCCUGUGGUCCAGCCUGAACGCCCGGCUCACGUCCCUCAGCGUCAGCGACUGCAUCAACGUGGCGGACGACGCCAUCGCUGCUAUCUCCCAGCUCCUGCCCAACCUGUCGGAGUUGAGCCUGCAGGCCUACCACGUCACCGACACGGCCAUGGCCUACUUCACAGCCAAACAGGGCUACACCACCCACACUCUGCGGCUUCACUCCUGCUGGGAAAUCACCAAUCACGGUGUGGUCAACAUGGUGCACAGCCUCCCCAACCUGACUGCCCUCAGCCUCUCCGGCUGCUCCAAGAUCACAGACGACGGUGUGGAGCUGGUCGCUGAGAACCUGCGGAAGCUCCGCAGCCUGGACCUGUCCUGGUGCCCUCGGAUCACCGACAUGGCCCUGGAGUACAUCGCCUGUGACCUGCAUAAACUGGAAGAACUGGUGUUGGACAGGUGUGUGCGGAUCACAGACACUGGGUUGGGCUACUUGUCCACCAUGUCGUCAUUAAGGAGCCUCUAUCUGCGCUGGUGCUGUCAGGUACAGGACUUUGGUCUGCAGCAUUUGUUUGGAAUGAGGAGUCUUCGCCUACUGUCUCUUGCAGGCUGCCCCCUGCUGACCACCACCGGCCUGUCAGGCCUCAUCCAGCUGCAGGAGCUUGAGGAGCUGGAGCUGACCAAUGCCCCGGAGCACCGCCGAGCUCUUCAGUAUUACUCCCAGCACUGCCCCACUUUGCAGCUGGUCAUCGAGAAGACCGCCGACGCCACCCACCCACCCCCACCCCCACCCCCCCCCCCCCCCCACCCACCGACCCCCCAGACCUCCGCCGCCGCCACACUUCCAACUCCUCCUCCUUCCUCAGUCUUUUCUCUUCAAAUGACAACCGGAGACUGAACGCUCCGACCGUACCACUCUCUUCCUCAUCACCCCCCCCCCCCCCGCCCUCCACCCUGCCGUUUCCUCCCACACCCCCAUUGAGUAGUCUGACCCACAGGCGGACAGCGAGGCAGGAAGGCAGACGAUGGGACCGCCGCACCCAGAAGACGACGGGAGGGCAUUGGAGCUUCAUUUGAGAAGGACGCCGGAGGGGGAGGGCUUGGUGGGACGUCUUGUCCAACAGCAAGUUCCUCUUUCAGAACCACCGAAGGCUUUUGUUUUGAUCCCGGAGGAGGGCUUCUCUAAACACUUUGACGAUUUCAGCUGAAUGGAUACUGAAGGGAGGGACAUGCACAUAUCCAGAGGAAUUGGGAAAAGGGACUUUGGUGUUUGAGCCGAUGUAGUGGAACUCAGACACACUGUAAACACACUCACACACAUACUGUAUAUGGUAAGUGAAGUCCUCAAGACCAUGAGUACUUUCUAUUUUCAUCACUCGGUGUAAUACAACGCUGUUAUUUUUUUUCAGAAAGUAUCAAAAGGUCCGUUUUUCUCUUGUUAAGAGAGGACACCACCGCCAGCUGGAGAGGAAAAGGACACUCAGAGAGAAUUUAAAGACGUGAACGACAGGGAUGGAAUU